ACCGAACCUCCCCCAAAACAAAAUGGUGACAGUGUGCAACGUUUUGGUGCAUUUUAAGGAUGCGGAAUUCUACGCCGCGUUGGAAAUAUCCCUCACCAGAAUAGCAAUAAUUCCUGACGACGACGAUAUAGAUAUCAUCGCAUUUACGAAAUCCCGCCUGGAUGGGUUCACGCCUUUUAACCAACCGCAUCAACGUGGAAUUCAUUUAAACGUAAAGAGUAACCAAGCUGUAUGUAUUUUAACAAUACGAGACAUAAAAGAUUUCGCCCGUGUGGAAACUGCCUUGAGUCAGUUAAUGGGCGCCGACACCGACUAUGAUCCGGAUGAAAUACAGGAAGGUGAAGAUGUUGCAGGAGCGGUACUUUAAGACACAGAACACUCCCUAUA